AUGGGAAAUUGUAAAGUUCCUUUGACCUGGUUGGUAAUAAACAUAUUCUUCAUCUUAUCUGAGGGAAAAGAUCCACUUCCUGGCUUGGAACUAGGUACCUUACCUUUGGGAAUAGUACCUUUCAAUGGCCAAGAGUUCGAUUACAUAGUAGUUGGGGCGGGCGCAGCAGGUACAGCUGUGGCGAGUCGACUUGCAAUGGCGGGAGAGGACGUGUUGUUAAUAGAGGCUGGAGGAAAUCCUACCUUGGCUACAAGGAUUCCUGGCGCCACAAUGACACUAAUGGGUAGUAGACUUGACUGGAACUACAAAACCAUUCCGAAUAAUGUAUCCUGUCUCUCUUCGAUCGACCGGCAGUGCCGCUUCAGUCGUGGCAAAUGCUUAGGUGGUUCCACGAGUAUUAACUACAUGAUGUACACACGAGGCAAUCCCAAUGACUUCGAUAGAUUAAAUAUUACGGGCUGGACUUGGGAAGAUAUGAAACCAUACUUUUUAAAAUAUGAAGGAUUGGAGGACUUAGAUCGUCUUCCGUUAUCUUCCAAACCCUACCAUAACACUGAGGGUUUAGUUCAUGUUGGAUUUUUCGAAGACCCGAAAAAUGAUUGGCAUGAGAAAAUCAUCCAAGGAUAUAAUAGUUUAAAUUUUCCGUACAACGAGGAUAUCAAUGCUUUAAGUCAGAUUGGAGUUAGCGUUAUUCUAGGCUACGUGUCUGGUGGUGAACGCGUCAGCACUGCGAGAGCAUAUCUCACUAGGAAGGAUGUCAAGAAAAACUUAAAACUUGCUAAAAAUACGUUUUGUACUGGGGUCAUAAUAGAUCAGAAUCGAGUAGCGAAAGGCGUCACAGUAAAGUUUUUAGGCUCUUCCUUAAGUUUGAAAGCAAGAAAAGAAGUUAUUCUAUCAGCGGGUUCCAUUGGGACACCCCAAAUAUUAAUGCUUUCUGGUAUAGGACCGGCUGAUCAUUUACGUCAUUUUGAGAUACCGGUACGGAUAAACUUGAAUGUAGGAGGUGAUAUGAGUGACCACGUGUUACCUUUGCUUUUUAUUAAGGUCGACAGUGAUGUAGAAAAACAUUCAGCUCUAUAUAAUUUAGUGACUCAAGGAGCAGCACGUGCUAAAUGGUUGACGACUCAUAACGGCUCUUUGGCGUCAAAUGGUCUCACUGACGUAACGGCGUUCGUCAAUACAAAAUGUUACGAUUUUUACAAGAAACGGCUAGCCAAUACCAGCGCUGAGUGUGAGUUACCAACUUUACAGUUCAUACACGCGUUCAUACCAAGGUCACUGUUAAAUGUAGGUAGGCGGUUCAUAUCACGUGGGCUUCAGUUUAAUAAUGACGUGUUGGAUCAAUUAGUUGAAACAAAUAAAAAAUAUGCGUUCAUAGUAACGUCUCCAGUGGUACUUCAACCAGCGUCACGGGGAACUGUACGUCUAGCAAGUGCCAACCCACUUGUCGCACCAGCUAUAACACCAAACUAUUUACAAUCUGAUGCAGAUGUAAACGAAAUGGUGCGAUCUAUCAACAUCAUUGAAGACAUUUUGGAAACACCACCAUUUAAGCAACAGAAUGCGUCUCUCCUUCGUCUGAACUUAUCUGGUUGUAAAGACUUAGAUGGAAAUGAAUAUUGGCAAUGUUAUUCGAGACACAUGACGUUUUCAGUGUACCACGCAGUAGGUACAGCAGCACUGGGGAAAGUGCUAGACGAGGAACUGCGAGUAAUUGGUAUUAAAAAUUUACGCGUAGCGGAUGCGUCUGCGGUGCCUUACCUACCUCGCGGAAAUACUGCUGCAACUGCGAUAGCUUACGGCGAAAGACUUGCUGAUUUUUUAUUAAAAUUUAAAUGA